AUGCAGCGCAUGCGUCAACAGGUGUUGGCUUUGGAGAGACGACAAGCGCUGCUCUCGGCACUGAGCCUAGCUCGUCGAGCGAAUGCCAUGCAGCUCGUGGCGGACAAAGUACACGCGUACUACCGCAGCUUCUCGCACGGAUACGACCCAAACCACAGCAAUGCGCCGAUGGUUGAAGCGCUGCUGCGAAGCAUGAUGCUACCAGACGUGCAGUCUUCCGCUUUCCGUGACCUAGACACGUUCCUAAUGCAGUGGCACAACUACUCGCGCUACCACGCAGAGAUCACGCUACAUUGCCAGGAGAUCCAGCCGCUGCAGAGCGACGACCCGGACGUGUAUCCUGUCCAGUGUAUUGGCCGAAGCACCCUGCGAAUCUCACGUGACACUAUCAAACAUUUCUUUCAGCCACUUCUUGCGGAUGAAGACAUGGUACAGCGUCUUGUCGGCAAGACUUAUGACUUCCCCUUCGUAUCGCGCUUUCACUUCAAUUCUACUGGUCGAGUUUUCAAACUGGAGCCCCGUGCCGAGUUGGCAGCAGGACUCUUGGACCUCGUUGUGGAUCCGUUUUCUACAGUACGCAUGCUUGGUGCCUCCAGGUUGACUGACGAUGGAUGUCUUCAUGCUUACUCUAAUCAAGAAAAAGCUGUAGUCGAGGGUUCAUGA